AUGCCUCCAAGCCAGUAUCAUAAGCCGGAAACUGCGUUGACUAAAGCAAGAGAACUUAUAAAAUGUGACAAAAAGUCUAACGCUUUGGAAAUUUUGUACGAAGUGAUGCGAGUUAGACGAACUAAACAAUGGCAAAAGGUCUUAGAAGAAUUAAUGAUGCUGUUUGUUGAACUUUGUGUAGAACUCCGUAAGAACAUCCACUUCAGAAAAGCAAUUUAUACGUACAAAAAUAUGAGUGUUAUGGAAAACACUAUUUCACUCGAGCAAGUUAUUCGUUAUUACCUGAACCAGAUAAAGGGUAAAACUGAAGAAGCUCAAGAAGUGUCAAGGAGUGCUAUCAUGGAAAUUGAGGAUUUGGAUGUCCUGGAAACUCCAGAAAGUCUCAUGUUAAAUGCAGUUAGUAUGGAGGGUACUCAAGACCGAUCUGCUAGAACGAUUCUGAUGCCAUGGUUAAAAUUUCUCUGGGAUUCCUAUCGUUUGGUGCUAGAUUUGUUACGUAGCAAUUCGAAGUUAGAAAAGCUGUAUCAUGAAGUAGCUCAUGAUGCUUAUAACUUCUGCUUGAAGUAUGGUCGGAAGACGGAAUUCAAAAAGCUGUGUGAACUGAUUCGACAACAUACUCAAAAAGUCCAGAAUCAGUUACAACCUAAUGCACCUAAUGCUAUAAAUUUGAAUAAUGCCGAAACACAGACAUUACACUUAGAGACUAGAUUACGACAGUUGGAUUGUGCUAUGGAACUAGAUAUGUAUAACGAAGCUUUUAAAACUGUUGAAGAUAUUUGGAGUUUUAUGAUGAUUUCACGAAUACAUGCUAUGCCUUCAUUAAUGACCAAUUACUACUCAAAAACAGCGGAACUUUUUCGACGAUGCGGUUGCCAUUUAUAUCAUGCUGCUGCUUUACACAAACUUUACACGUUAUAUCGUGAUCAGAAAAAGAAUUUAACUCGUGAAGAACUAUCUGAUCUUGGAUCUCGUGUACUUUGUGCAACUGUUUCCAUUCCUUUGCCAAAUGCGAAACUGAAUGCUGACAAAUUCUUAUCUGGCGAGUACACUAUUAUGAAGCAGAAAACACUUGCUGGACUUUUGGGUCUCAUUCAAGUGCCAACUCGUCAAAGUUUAAUACGUGAUCUGGUUCGUCAUAAAGUGCACACCGUUGUCCCAUCAAAUUUAGCCAAGUUGUACCAAGUUCUAGAAGCGGAUUUUCAACCUUUGAAACUUUGGGAACUUGUUCAACCAGCACUUGCCCAUAUUACCACCUGUUCAGAUCUCCAAGUGUACAUUACGCAACUGCAUGAUGUUAUCGUAGCAAAAACACUUCUACAAUUAUCUCAAGUCUACCAAAGCUUGGAUUUCAACGAAUUUUUCAAACUAUGUCCAUUCAUGGAGCCUAUUCGACUUGAAAGGAUUGUAAUUGAGUUGAUUCAUAAUUUGGAACUGCCUAUUCGAGUCAAUCAUUUACAACAAGCGAUUUUCUUUGAUAAAUUUACAGAUCUUGGAAUAAGUCAAUGUGAAUAUGGUGGACAGUUAGUAUCACAGUCAACCCAUGUAAAUGACCCAGACAAAUUGUCUCGUCAACUAACAAUGUUUGCUCAAGUGAUGCAACAGAUAACUGAUAUUCUGGAAGUUGGUCAGUCUUUAGCUAAUUGUCGACGUGCACUUGUUCAAGAUUACCGGAAAAAUGAAAAAGUCUUACGCAGUGAAUUGCUUAAUCGACGUUGUUUAAUCGAAGCCCGAAAGGAAGAGAUUGAGACGUAUCAGGGUAAACGAGAUCAGUAUUACAGCAUUGUUGAAGCAAGACGUCAAGCGGAACAAGAGCGUCUAUUGAAAGCGGAAGAAACCAAUUUGGCCAAUGAAGCUAUACAACGUGAACGAAUGAAAACUGAAGAUGAGAAAGCUCGUCUAAAAUUACGAAUGGCACGUACUAGUUUGAAAAUGUUCUUAGAUUUAAAAAUUGAUACAAAACUUGAUUUAAAAGAGUUAACAGAAGAACAGCUUGAAAACUUUGAUGCAGAUAAACUUAUUAACAAGCAAAAACAAGAGGUGAAGAAAAAGAGAAAAGAACUAGCGGAGAAGGCUAAAACAAUGGCGAAAAAAUUGGACUAUUAUACACGUGCUUGUCGAAUUGAAGAAAUCCCAUUGUUACAGGCAAAUAUUGAGCCGGAAGCUAUUGAAUCUCGUGAAUUAUUUGAGCAGAGUGUCAGAGAAAUUGAGGAGCAUUCGAAAGCCGAGCAUGCACGACAAUUGAAAGAACGUAAUCGAUUGAUUCGAAUGAAAUCAGAUGUCCAGCGUCUUGUUGGUCAAUUAAAAGAAGCUCGUGAUAAUCGGUAUAGAGCUAAAUUGGCAGAAUGGGAGGCUCUGUGUGACCAAAAACGAUCGGAAAGAUUGGCUGAAAGAAGAGCUAAACAUGAGGCUGAAUUAGAAGCUGAGGCACGUCGUCGAGCUGCACAAGAAGCACUUGAACGUGAAGAACAGAAACAACGUGAACUAGCUGCAGAAGCUGAACGUCAGAAACGAGAACAAGAAGCUAAAGAAGCGGCAGAACGUGAGGCUGCUCGAAUUGAGGAAGAGUCCAAGGCAUGGAAACGUGGAGAUAUUAAAAGAGAUGAACCUGUAUCGGUUAAUCCUUUUGCUCGACAUCGUCAAUCUGAAAUUAGUAGUGCUUCUGGUAACGCAUUCCGUGACUUUCGACGUGAUGAUACGUCAAGAUAUUCAGAUUUUGGUCGGUCAUCGGGAAGUAAACGAGUUGGUUUCGAUAAUACACCAACUCUCCGUAGUGAUCCUUCCAAAGAUACUUGGAGUCGAAGUGGUCCGCGAAGAACUGUUCCUUCUGAAUUUGAUUCGCUUCUAUAUGAAGAUGACUCUGGUAGCGCUGGUGGUUGGACUCAGGUUGGAUCACGUAGAGAAACUGAACGAACAAGACCAUUCGGUAGAGGUGGUAGUACAAUGGGUGGUGGAUUCAAUAGAGCAUCUAAAAAUCUGGAUAUGGACACUGGUAGCUCAACUCCAUGGCGUAGAGAAGGUCCAAAUGCCACAGCGGGCAAAUCACAAGUUUUUGAAGAAAUGAGAGGUGGUAAUGUGAAACGACCUUUUGGUAGCUCAGGAUUCCCUUCACGACUUUCUAGUAGUGGAUUAUCUGACGACAAGAAGUACUAA